AUGGGGCCGGAAACAUACGAGACAUUGUGCGACAAGAUUGCGCCGGACAAUCCCCGGACCAAAACCUAUCCAGUGAUCGUAGAUACCCUCGAGCAGCAUUUCGACCCAAGGCCGCUGGAAAUUAGCGAAAACUUUCGCUUCAAGUGCCGUCGUCAGGGAGACAAGAAUGCCACUUCCCCGGACGAGACCAUCGACGAAUACCUUGUGGCUCUUCGUCGUAUUGCUGUUACCUGCAAUUUCGGUAACUAUCUGAACACAGCGCUGAGGAGCCAGCUAGUGUUCGGCUUGAAGCGGAAUUAUAUUCGAGGACGUCUUGUAGAACGAAGGGACCUAACAAUGAACGAUGCGAGGGACAUUGCUGUCAGCAUGGAGCUGUCACAGAAGGGUGCAGCAGAAAUUGCUGGCACAAUUUCGAAAUCGGAAGUAAACGCUGUUCAACACCUACGAGACGUCGAGUACCGUGGAGUACGAAUUAACUUACCGUUGUACGUGGUGAAUUCUUCGAAGCAUCCACUGCUGGGCAGAGAGUGGUUGAAAGUAUUGAACGUAUACUGGAACGUCAUCUUGAAGAAGCCGGAUCCAGUGAACGUAAUCGAUCGUGCGAUUGGUUAUUGUAAUACCGAUGAGUGCCUGAAACAGAUUUUCGUGAAGUAUGCGACGGUUUUCGAGGAUUCCAUCGGGAAAAUUUCGACAGUGCAGGCGAAGCUACAUUUGAAGCCGAAUGUUCAAUCAGUAUUUCUGAAAGCCCGGAAGAUUCCGUUCAACUUGCGAGCCAUAGUGGACAAAGAACUGAAUAAGUUGGAAUCCGAAGGAGUGCUUACGAAAGUGAACUACAGUAGCUGGGCAACACCGAUCGUGCUGACGGUGAAUCCCUAUCUGAAAGUGGAUCAGCAUCCCCUGCCAACUAUUGAUGAGCUUUUCGCGUCACUGGCAGGUGGCCAGAAGUUCACUAAAUAUGAUCUCGUGCAAGCCUAUCUUCAAAUGGAGGUUGCUGAGGAAGAUAGGGCGAUUCUUACACUAAAUACACAUCGUGGACUGUACCGGCCGAACCACUUGAUGUACGGCGUUUCAUCUACUCCUGCGAUUUGGCAGCGUCAAAUCGAAACGAUUCUGAAAGGCAUCGAAGGUGUUGAUGCGAUUCUAAACAUGCCCCGUCCGAAAAACAAAGACGAGGUACGUUCACUAGUCGGACUCGUUAACUAUUACGGUCGCUUCUACGAAAAUCUCAGUACUUUGCUGUAUCCGCUGAAUAACUGGACCAAGAACUGUGAAAGGUCAUUCGAAACUGUGAAGGAACGAAUGCAGAAGGACAACUGCCUGUUACACUACUCUUCUGAUCUGCCACUUGUUCUAGCAACCGACGCCUCGCCGUACGGUGUGGGAGCUGUGCUGAGUCAUAUUUUUCCGAACGGUAUCGAGCGUCCCAUACAAUUUGCAUCGCAGACUCUGAAUCGUACUCAGCAACGGUACAUGCAGAUAGACAAGGAGGCGUAUGCAAUCGUAUUGGGAGUGAAAAAGUUCUUCCAAUACCUCUACGGUCGGAAAUUUGUUCUGAUUACAGAAAAUCAAGCAAUUUCGAAGAUAUUUAGCGAGAGUAAAGGCCUCCCAGUGAUGUCUGCACUUCGAAUGCAGCAUUACGCUACGUAUCUACAGUCCUUCGACUACGAAAUUCGAUUCCGUAAGUCGGCGGACCAUGCCAAUGCUGAUGCCCUAUCCCGAAUGCCACUGAAGCGUAUGGAUCCUGAAAACGUGAUCGAGGAAUCCGACGUCGUAGAAAUCAAUCAAAUAGAUACAUUGCCGUUGACUGCAGCUGAACUUUCUGAAGCAACAGCCGCGGAUAAGUCUCCCUUCAUACAAUGGCAGGUUGAGUACAAUUAG